GAACCAGUUAUAAAAUUCAACAUUUCCGUGGUCAAGAUAAAAUAUUUGUUCUGAUUGGCCGUUGUCCAAAAAUCCUAUUUCCAGCAUAUCCAGAGUUAUAAUUUUAGAUUGGGCUGGAUCAAAUUCAAAUUUUCUGGGUGCUCAUUAUCUUGGUCUUUUUGUCAUACAAUAUUUUUAUUUCUUUGUUUUUGUUUAUUAUCUUCAUUUUAAAGCAUUUUAAUCAAGUUACGUAAAAACAUACAUUCACAGAAUGAGUACAGAGGAGUCACAACAGUUCUGUCUCAGAUGGCAUAAUUAUCAAAGUUCACUUAUGUCAACUCUGCCUCAGCUUUUAAACCAUGAUGAUCUGACUGAUGUUACAUUAUGUGCUGGUUUGAGAACACUUAAAGCACAUCGUGUUGUUUUGUCUGCAUGUAGUGAUUAUUUUAAACAGUUAUUUAAAGCACUCACAAAAGAAUUAGGAGCAAGUCAUCAUCCAGUGAUUGUUUUGCCUGGUGUUGAAUUUACCGAUCUCUGUGCUCUAGUCACAUUUAUGUACAGUGGUGAAGUAAAUGUUUAUGAACAUCAACUAGCUAGCAUGCUUUCCAUGGCUGAUACAUUACACAUUAAAGGCUUGGCUGAGUUUUCUAAUGUACCUGGUUAUACAUCUGGCACAUUUGAAAAAUCAUCAAAGUGGAAAAGGCCACGAGUUGAAGAAUCAGAAUCCUUUAAUAGAGUGAUGUCAAGACCAACAAUGAGUGAAACUGAAGCUUUUGCUGAUCUAGAUGUUGCUCAAGAUCUAAGUAAACGUGUUCCAGAAAAUGAUAAUCAAGAUGAUACUGUAAACUUAGCAACUACUGUUGACCAUAAACCGUCCACAUCAGAAAUAAAUGUAUCUUAUGGUGAAGAAGCUCCGACACCUACAGAUUUAGUUCAAGGUCCAGUUGUACAGGGUUCACAGUCAGAUAAUAAUAAAUCUCGAACACCUGUAUCCAAGCUAUAUACAAUGUGUUUCAUAUGUGGUAAACAGCUAAGUAAUCAUUACAAUUUGCGCGUUCAUAUGGAAACCCACCAAAAUGCACAGUAUGCUUGUUCAGUAUGUAGUCAUGUUUCUCGAUCCAGGGAUGCAUUAAGGAAACAUGUAUCUUAUAGACAUCCACGUCCCAACAAUAAUAAUACAACUACAGAUAAUUCAUCUACAGUGGAUUCAUCACACAAUGUAAACAAGCUUCCAUCAACUUGACCCAAAAAAAUACGCAUGAUACAUUUAUUGUUAUUAUUUUAAUUUAUUGUUGUUACCCUUUAGUUAAUUUUUCUUCUAGUUAUAUCCAUAUUAAUCGUUGACCUGUUAUUUUUAUUGUGUGAGUGUUUGAUUGUUAUUGUUAUAUAUUGUUAAAAUUUAUAAACUGUUGUUGAAAUGAUAAUAGAAAAAUAAUGUAAGAUGGUCCAUUUUAAAUAUAAAGUAUAAACUUACUUUGAAAAUAUUCAACCCUACCACAGAUAAAUUACAAGCAUAAUAUAUUAGUCAAUAGACUAUUAAAAACAUUCAGUUGAAAAAAUAAUAGUAAUCAUCCUUUUGGAGUCUUUAUUAAACUCUUAAGAUAUUUAUCAUUUUAUCUUUAUAUUAUAUUAUAAACUAUUAUAAAUCUAGCUAAAUAUUUAUCUAUAAAUAUCUAUCCCCUAGCUUAAAAGUAUAUGAUUUCAAAAAAUAAAUUAAAUAUUUGUCGUGUUAAAAAUACAUCUAGAUUUAACUAAAUACAAUGUAGAUUGAUGUAACAGGCUAUAAUGCUGCUUUUUUGACCUUUUUCACAUCAAAUUAAUGUUUUAAAUAUGUUUAUAUGUAUUUAUUUUCAAUGUUAUUUAUAAAUAUUAUUUAAUAUUAUACCUUUAGAUUAUAAAAUAGAUUACCAAUGAUAUAUCAGUUUAAGUUACCAAUGUUUAAUCCAAUAUUGUUUACAUAACUAUUAUAGCCUACUGAUGUAAUUUUUUUUAUGGAGAACCGCACAGUAGGCUCAUUAUAAUGUCUCCAUAUGGUUUGUUGAUGGUAUAAACAAUAACUUUUUUUUUUUUACUUCUGUGAUAAAUUAAUAUUAUGUAAAUUAUUACUGACCACUGUAAAAGGUUAUCAUUGUUAAAUUUACUGUGAUACGGGCCUGUUAA